AUGAAGAUACUCGCCGAAAGUCUGCGGCUCGCGAGUCAAUGCGAUAUGAGGGAUGCCUCGAACGGUCUGCUUGGAUGUGAUGCCUGCUGCAAGUUUCUGGCAACCCCGGAUGGGGGCGCGUACGAGCGCAUGGCCGUUCUCAUUCCGUGCCGCCCGAUCCUCGAAUACAUCCAUGCUGUUUUUCGGGAUAUCCAAGGGAAAGAACCCAGCGUUCGUACCCAGACGAUCGACCAGAUGCUUGAGGACUUGGAGAAAGACCCAAACUCUACACCUGAGCGACGCGCGGCGGCCCCGUUCUUACAUUGCUACCAGUUACAACAAGUCUACGGCGGCACGUCCUACGGACCUCCGAUCGAAAGCUUUCCCGAAGCCUUCUCCAAGAUCUCGUUGUACGAUCCUCCCGUCAGAACCGCGAUCAACAACAAAUCAUACCGAAUCAUCGACGCUGCUGCAGCCGGCUCUGAAUCAAACGACCCAGAAUCGGACAAUCUCGACGACAGUUCCGAUGAACUGCGCCUAUCAACUACAACAGAGACCAUAUCCAUCUACGAAACAAACACAGGAGAUGUUGUGAACCUCUGGCGCUUCCGAGGUCGAUCUGCGGGCUGCUUCAUAGGGUGCGGUCUACGCGUGUUUCCCGCAGAAGCAGGCGAUGAGAAGCUGUUCGAGCUGCUCAUGUCAAUCUGGCGUCUCAGCGGUACGCACGGGAGAGGGCUCUCCCGGCGAGAAAUAUACACUUAG